AUGUCACGCUCAAUCGGUGGUGGCCUGCGUCACCUUGGACGACAUGCGCGGCCGCUGUGGGCUGCAUCAAACGCCGUUCACAGAACCGCAGGCUGGCUGACCACACAGGAGAGGCACCGACCGCGUCCUCGGCGGAUUGCAGGCGGUCUCGCCGCUCGGCUUUUCCACGCGCCAGUGGGCGCAUUAUCAGCUAGCGCACUAGACGAUUUCGACUAUGUCGUCGGUCUGUCUGAGCGUGUCGAACACGUUCUUGUCCCUUGCGCAUCGUCGGGUAGCAUCAUCGUCAGUCUGUACAAUGUCCACAAACACCCGCCGACAAAGCCGCUGCUCCUGUAUCUGCCACCAUCCCAUCAUCCUCCACUAGACGCUCAAAGCGAGGAUGGUGCUGUCGUCGCUGAAGAUGUACAAGAGGCAGCGCUGCAGCCACCGCCGAGCUUCCUUCUUCGUCAGAAUUAUCCUAUUGCGGUUAUUCGUUACCGGUGGUCGAGAGGCGAGCCACGGAACGGCCCAGACGCUACACAGGAUCCCGACCAGAUUCAACCGCCGUCUUACAUGUGGCCAAGACCGCUUCACGAUGUGAUGUUCGCGUACGACUGGAUCAAAAAGAACUUGUCGCCGCCCCUUUCGGCGUCUACUCGAGAUCGCGACGGCCGGCGACAUUUCUUACGCCGCGACUUGUACGUGUACGGCUCGUACCUGAGCGCCGGACUAGCUACAUCGUUCGCUUUGACAGAGACCCAUCCGCCGCACCGCGUGGCAAUACGGGGGCUGGCUGCGUACAACGGCAUCUACAACUGGACGGCGUAUGUGGGCAUGACUGCCGACGGCAUACCCGUGGCAGACGAUGCCACGGCCAUCUACAAUGCUACGCCUGGGAUCCGGGCGCUGCCAGAGCUGUUCCGCCGACCAUCCGAUCUGUUUGAUGCAUUUGCUAGCCCGAGCUUGUUUUUCCGGACCACCGGACACUUGAUUGCUCCGCUCCAUCUUGAUAGAGAUAUCAGUAGGCGGCUUCUGGAAGAGAGAGAGGCCAGGCUCGACGAAGAAGAAGCAAAAGAAAAGAAGGACCAGGCCGGCGUACAGGCCUUGGGCAAGCGAACGUUUGGCAUGGAAUUGCUGGGCACGUCUCGCAAAGCGUACCUUGCGUUCCCUCCCAUGAAGUCUACUCUUUCGAUCCCGUCUGCCCUUUUCCUGCACACGUCACCGGACGAACCCCCACCGUCUCCAAGACCGGCGACAGCAAGAAAACCAGGCACCCGUGCAAGGCCGCGAAAAAUACCGGAAUCAACAAACAGUAACAACUCCUUUGCGGUACAGGCAGAUGAGAUGGCAAGUCUCAUGCGACGCGGCAUCGACAAGGUCGAAAUUAAACGACUGCAACAGACACUGCCUAUCUUGCUUCCAGAAUACACCGACAACAGGAACAUCGAGGGCGACAUGGAAGUGCGCAGCAGCGACGCAGAGAAACGCGUGCGCGUUUCCGGCGUGGAUGCUCCUGUCGACGAUAGCCUUGAACUAGGCGAAGACGGCCAGGCAAUACUACUUGACUGGUUGGACGAACAUAUGGACAAUGAUCCCGUUCAUACUAACUGA